UCAUUUCCCUUUCCAAAAAUAAAAUCACUUCUUUUUGUCUUAUAACUAUUUUAGUCCCAAGAACAUCCCAAGCGAGUUCGUGAUUGUUCGAUCAAUCGAAGAAGAAGAGCUAACAAACGUUGUUGGUCAGAGUAGUCGAAGGAAGGAAGGAAGAAGAACAAUGUCGGGUAUGGGAGACGGGUACGUGGGCACGGCCCAAGACGCAGUGAGGAUCCGAAGGCUGGAGAAGCAGAGAGAAGCUGAGAGGCGAAAAAUUCAGGAGCUCAAGAACAAGACUGCUUCUACCAAAGGCCAACCGGGUCUCCUCCAAUUCGGUUCGGGUACCUCCGAGAUUCUAGAGACUGCGUUCAAGAAGGAAACUGUUGGUCUGGUUACUAGGGAGCAAUAUGUUGAGAAGAGAGUCAAUAUCAGGACCAAAAUUGAAGAAGAAGAGAAGGAGAAACUUCUGAAGCUUCAGCAAGAGGAGGAGGAGCUUCAAGCACAAAAGAGGCAAAAGCGGAAGAUAAGGGGGAACCCUCGAUUAUCUUUUUCUGAGGAUAUUGAAAAUGGAAGCGAAGAGGAUGUUGAAAACAGUGAGGCAAAUAAAGAACCAAAGAGGCUUGCUUGUGGAAAACUUGGCAAAGAUCCUACUGUGGAAACUAGCUUUUUGCCUGACAGUGAGAGGGAGGCAGAGGAACAAGCUGAGCGUGAAAGGUUGCAAAAACAGUGGCAACGUGAGCAGGAACAGAUUCGAAACGAACCUCUUGAAAUCACUUAUAGUUACUGGGAUGGAGCAGGCCAUAGGCGAGUUCUCCAGGUUCGCAAAGGUGAUACCAUUGGAGAAUUUCUCCGGGCUGUUCAGCAGCAACUUGCACCUGAGUUUCGAGAGAUUCGAACUACUUCAGUGGAGAAUCUGCUUUAUGUGAAAGAAGAUCUUAUUAUUCCUCAUCAACACAGUUUCUAUGAGCUGAUUGUUAACAAGGCAAGGGGGAAAAGUGGGCCGCUUUUCCACUUUGAUGUACAUGAGGAUGUGCGAACAAUUGCUGAUGCAACGAUAGAGAAAGAUGAGUCACAUGCUGGAAAAGUUGUUGAGAGACACUGGUAUGAGAAGAACAAACACAUCUUUCCUGCUUCAAGAUGGGAGAUAUAUGACCCAACAAAGAAGUGGGAGCGGUAUACUAUCCACGGGGAUUGAUUAAUCAAGGGCAACAACAUAUCACACAGUAUUGCGACAGAAUCUUCAGCCCUUGAGCAGAUUAUUGUAUUUUCAUGCAUUUUUUGCUUUCUAGCUCAAGAUAUAUGUACUUUAUUACAAAAUGCUUUUGUUUGUGGUCAGUCUCAACUAUAAAUUUAUGUAGCAUUUCUCUAUUCAGAUUACAGCUUCCGCAGGAGUUUAUAGCAUGAAAAAGCAGUACCUUAAUUUGGGUCGAUUUGUGAUUCCUUAA